AUGCGUGUGGAAUAUUUUGCACUUGAAAUGUUCUAUAAAAUCGACUUAGAUUCUGUUAUUAUAAUAAUAUAUUCUGUUUAUCUGUUCAGUGGGGAUUGUCAAGAGAAAAUAGCAUUGGUAGAUUCACCUGUACCAAUAAAUUCAGAUGAAGAAGAGUACUCAAAUGAUUCAGACUAUUCCAGGUUGGAACACAACCAUAAAUCAUGUUGUAUCCAGGAUAACAAGGAUGAUCCAGCCUCCCUAAUCGAAAAUGACCAAAAUAGAGAGUUGUUAUGUGCCUCUUCAGCUAACCAAACAUCCACUAUACGUAGUUUUUCUUCAAUGGCUGUAGAGAACGAUGAUGAUGAUGCUUCAAGCAAAUCACACUGCUACAGAAAAAUGCAUCCAGAUGGUAUAACUACUCUUUUCGGGGAGAAGAGAAUACCAAAUUUAAUGGAGCAGUCUAUAAGAGCAUACAGUAAAGAUAAAACAGUAACCUUGUUCAAGCCUGAAGUAGGCAUGAUAUUUGGCUCAGCAAGCGAAAGUUACCAGUUCUACAAUUUAUAUUCAAGGGUCGUUGGGUUCAGCUUAAGGAGUGAUGACUCGUAUACUAACACCAAGGGAGAGCGAACUAUGCAAGGGUUUAGAUGCCAGCGUGAGGGCAUUGAUAAGAAGACAAAGCUCAGCAGCACCAGAUGUGGAUGUCGUGCACGGCUAAGGUUGCUUAGGUCCAAUGAUUUACUAUGGUAUGUCAAGAUAUUCAAUGAACAACACAACCAUGAUCUGGUUGAGAGUUGUGGCCAGAAGAAGCAUUUGUUUUCUCAUAGGCACAUAGAUGAUUCUACCAAAACUAUGGUUAGGCACCUCCGUGAGAAUAAUGUUAGCCUUAGCAGAAUAAAUGGCAUAGUUGGCAGCUUCUAUGGUACAACGGAUGGUGUUCCAUUCAUGAAGAAGGCUCUGAGGACUUUGUGUUCGGACAUUGCAGCUGAAGCUCUAAAAGAUGAUGUAAGAAAAACAAUUGAGGGUUUCAGAGACAAUAUAGCUCAGGACAAUAGGUUUGUUUUCUCAAUGCAGCUGGACGCCAAUAAAAAUCUAAGGUCUCUCAUGUGGACAAGUGGUCCGAGCAGAGCUCUAUAUUCUCACUUUGGUGAUGUUGUAACAUUCGAUACAACGUACGAGACCAACAUAUACAAGAUGCCGUUUAGGAUGUUCGUUGGAGUGACCACUUCCAGAGUAUUAUUUUCGCUGGAGUACUUCUUACAAACGAGACUGCAGAAUAUUUCGAUUGGGCUUUCAAGGAGUUAGUUCUGAUGAUGGGUGGUAAAGCGGAAGAAGUACACUGGAAUACCAGAAAGGUGUAUAUAGCAUCUAUUUGGUGUUAUUAAUAUUUGUUAACCUGAUAACCUCCCACACAUACCUUUAUUGUAGUAUGGUGGAUUAUUUAUGUCCUGGCAACACGAUCACACUAUUUGCAUUGUAAGUAUCGGUUCAUCACUUUUGAACCUUGUUUAUUUAUUACAUUUCCUUGCAUCUAUUUCAAAUGCU